CAGCUGUUCACCUGGAUAUAAUGGUUCAACAGAAGCCAUAAUUUCUUGCCGCCAAACUUUGUGACGUGCGUUCUGUGACAAUCCUUAUUACUCGCCAAACCCGCCUGACUCCGGGUAUAUACCUCGCCGCCUGGCCAUUCUUUGUACCGGCGCAUUCGUUCCCGCGAUGAUGUGAGCCUUACCAGCGACUUGCAACUUCCAAACUCUUUUACUAUCCGAUCCGAGCCACCCCCGGGCCUCCCAUACGGAUACUUACCGAAAGAACAAUAGCUCUAGGUGAGUCGCGAUCGCUAUCUUGGCUGUCGAGGAACGUAUUGGACCUCGCCAUCGCCCACUGCGUCACCGCCACCCUUACUUUGCCCUGACGCGGGGCAUUCAGCUGCUGAUAAGUCUUUGUGCAGAAAAACUCUACGAGCCACCAAUAACUUAAACAGAACACCAACAUGGAGGGCGCCUUCACCCAUGUUGGGAAUCAUUUGAUAUCCGACUCCGCUGCUGCCAUCAAAGCUGGAGCCGAUGACCUUUCCACGAUCGACCCUGACGAGAGCUUACUCUAUGGCAAAUAUGGAGAUCGUAAUGGCCGCCGCCGAGCCGAUGAUGAUGAUAACCAGACCGAGGCUUUUGAAGAAGACGACAAUGAUAGUCUUAACAGUGUCCCUAUUGACGGACUCACGGGACUCAAAUUAAAAGGCCAGGAUGAAGAGAAAGAACUUCCAGCCCAUGCCUGCGCUUAUUGCGGUAUUCACUCCCCCGGAUGUGUUGUCAAAUGUCUCACCUGCAACAAAUGGUUUUGUAGUGCGAGAGGCAACGGCACCUCGACCCACAUCGUGAAUCAUCUUGUUCGAGCUCGCCAUAAAGAGGUUCAACUCCACCCUGAGUCUACGCUGGGUGACACUGUACUCGAAUGCUAUAACUGCGGAACCAAAAACGCUUUCCUCCUAGGCUUUAUUCCAGCAAAGUCCGAUACUGUUGUUGUCCUCCUCUGCCGACAGCCUUGCGCCGCCAAUACCUCUAACAAGGACAUGAACUGGGAUACAUCACGAUGGCAACCCCUCAUCGAAGAACGAGCUUUUCUGCCUUGGCUUGUCGCGACCCCAUCCGACUCCGAACAGCUCCGAGCCCGUCACCUUACGCCCAAUAUGAUUGCCAAAUUGGAGGAGAUGUGGAAGAUCGAGCCCAAGGCGACAGUGGUUGACCUUGAGAAGGCAGCUAGUAUUGAUGACGACCCUCAACCUGUCUUGCUAAACUAUGACGAUCCUUAUCACUACCAAAACAUUUUUGGACCUUUGGUCAAAAUGGAAUCCGACUACGACAAGAAACUAAAGGAAGCGCAAUCAGAAGAUGGGCUCCUCGUGCGCUGGGACUACGGUUUGAACAAUAAGCAUCUAGUCAGCUUUAACCUCCACAAAAUCGAAUCCGGAGAUGUCAAGCUUGCUGUUGGUGAUGAGAUGCGCCUGCGUUACAAGGGCGAGCUGCGAUCUCCUUGGGAAGGGGUUGGUUAUGUCAUCAAGAUCCCGAAUAACCAGUCUGAUGAGGUCACCCUGGAGUUGCGCAAGACUGGAAACGAAAAGCUUGUGCCCACUGACUUAUCCCACAACUUUUCAGCAGACUACGUUUGGAAAGCGACUUCCUACGACCGCAUGCAGUUGGCUAUGAAGACAUUUGCUGUUGAUGAUAUGAGUGUAUCUGGUUACAUUUUCCACACGUUGCUUGGCCAUGAGGUCCAGCUACAGGUCAUGAAGACAAACCUGCCUAAGAAGUGGUCUGCCCCUGGUCUCCCUGAUCUCAAUCCAAGUCAAGUUGGUGCCAUCAAGGCAGUUCUUCAGAAGCCCCUGAGCUUGAUUCAAGGUCCUCCUGGAACUGGCAAGACUGUCACAUCGGCUACCAUCAUUUACCACUUAGCCAAGAUGAGCGGAAACCAGGUCCUCGUAUGUGCACCUUCCAACGUCGCCGUCGACCAACUCUGCGAGCGUGUUCACCGUACAGGACUCAAGGUUGUUCGUCUCACAGCCAAAUCUCGCGAGGAUGUCGAAUCAUCUGUCAGCUUCUUAGCUCUUCAUGAGCAGGUGCGCAUGUCGGAGCACAACAGCGAGCUUGUCAAACUUUCCCAGCUGAAGAACGAGCUUGGCGAGCUGUCCAGUCAGGAUGAGAAGAAGUACAAACAGCUUACCAAGAUCGCUGAACGAGAUAUUCUCAACAACGCUGACGUCGUCUGCUGCACAUGCGUGGGAGCUGGCGACCCUCGUCUUUCGAAGAUGAAGUUCCGAAAUGUUCUGAUUGAUGAAUCGACUCAGUCGGCGGAGCCUGAGUGCAUGAUCCCUCUUGUUCUUGGAUGUAAGCAGGUCGUCCUUGUUGGUGAUCACAAGCAGCUUGGCCCUGUUAUUAUGAACAAGAAGGCGGCCAAGGCUGGCCUUAACCAGUCGCUUUUCGAGCGCUUGGUCAACCUGAAAUUGUCGCCUAUCCGGCUCAACAUCCAAUACCGAAUGCACCCAUGUCUAUCCGAGUUCCCUUCCAACAUGUUCUACGAUGGUAGUUUGCAGAACGGUGUCACUCAUGAGAAUCGCCUUCGAAAAGACGUCGACUUCCCUUGGCCGGUCGGAGAGAUGCCCAUGAUGUUCUGGUCUAACCUGGGCCACGAGGAGAUUUCUGCCUCUGGAACUUCAUACCUCAACCGCACGGAAGCAUCCAAUGUUGAGAAAGCGGUCACUCGAUUCUUUAAGGCCGGCGUUAAGCCCGCUGACAUUGGUGUUAUUACUCCAUAUGAAGGCCAGCGAAGCUACAUCGUGACUACUAUGCAGAAUUCAGGAACCUACAAGAAGGAAUACUAUAAGGAAGUCGAGGUCGCAUCGGUUGAUGCAUUUCAAGGCCGUGAGAAGGACUUUAUUGUUCUAUCUUGUGUUCGAUCCAACGAUAAUCAGGGUAUUGGGUUUUUGUCUGACCCUCGUCGUUUGAACGUGGCCUUGACUCGAGCCAAGUAUGGCCUCGUCAUUCUGGGCAAUCCCAAAGUUUUGUCCAAACAUGAGCUUUGGCACAAUCUUCUUGUCCACUUCAAGGAUCGUAAAUGCUUUGUCGAAGGUCCGUUGACCAAUCUGCAGGCAUGUUUGCUCCAGUUCAGCCGACCAAAGGUCAGCUAUCGUCAAAAGAAUCAGCAACCGCAGUUCGGAGCCGGCAGCUAUUCCAAUGGAGGACGUUUCAACCCCCCUCCAUCUGGUCGAGAUUUUGAUGCAGGCUCCAUGGUUUCCUACAUCCCCGAUGAUGUGUCUUCCGUUCAUGGCUCUGCAUUUGGAGGUGCCUCUCUUAGCAGCGCUUUCCCUCCCAUGUUCUCGAGCUUCACUCCUGAUCAAUGGCCUGGACUUCCUGGGGUCACUGCCCCAGGCCGAGGCGGGAAGAGCCGUGGACGUGCUACAGAAAGCAUUGCAGGUGAGAGUGUGGCCAACUCCGAAUAUACGGAUGCAUCUUCUAGUGUCAUCGGAGGUAAAGGGGUCGGUCAGGGCGGUGUCAGUUUGGGAGCGGGGCUCCACGACGCUGUCACGGGCAUGCGGCCUGUCUCCUAUAGCCAAAGUGAUCGGCUCAAACAGUAUGUUGAGAGCAGUGGACGCAUGGUUCCUGGAAAUGGUUAUGGACGACGCUUUGAUGAUGACGAGAAGAGUGUCAGCACGGCAUUCCAUAGUCAGAUUGGAGGAGGCUACGACUGAAGGACAACAUGAGCACUACGGGUAGAUGAUUCCAAUUUUGCAUCCCGAGGGCUCUGCUGCACGACUUGUCAGCACCGCCGGAUCAUUGAGCGCGGAGGGAGGUUCACUUUGUUGUCUUCUUGUGAAGUCUUCCCAGCAAGGCUGACACCUCCAAGACCACCCAUUUCUGUGGAGACCGUGCCGUGUCCGUUUGAUGGGUGACGCCCGGCUGGAUAGGCCAGGGGCAAAGACAUGGGAGUUGCAUUGCCAGAGGCUCAACCUACGGCGGCCUUUACAGGGUCGUAGUAGGCCCGGCCUGUGCAGAUUGUCUUGAUCUUGAGAAAGCAGUGCAAUAGUGGAAGGGUCAAGGGACGUGGUGAUUAGAAGAGUUGUUGAGAAGUGGCCAGCAACGAAAGACUGCCUUCAGAUAUCGUUAUAUGAGAUGAGAUGUUGGAAGAAACGCCAUAUAUAUAAUACUGGCAAACCCCUACAUCGAAGAACUCGUGGGUCACUCACUUGUUUGGUGUUUUGGCACCCUACGUUGAAAUUCCGAGUUGGCCUUAGUCAGUCUUUACCAGAUAGAUAACAAACUUGAGCCGUUCUUUUGACCUUCAACAUCCUAUGCAGGAACAAGUGACUUCCA